AUGGGCAACGACCAAGCUUGUAGAACAAAGGGGAUUGGAACAAUUCGACUGAAGAUGCAUGAUAGAACAAUUAGAAUUCUCGAAGAUGUUCGAGUAACUGUGGAAGGUAGAGUCCUCAAAGUUGUUCGAGGAGCAUUUGUUGCAAUGAAGGGUAUUCGAAAGGGAAAUUUAUAUUUCCUAGACGGCUCUACAAUCACAGGGAGAGUGGAUGUCUCCACCAGCUCAGAGGAUGAUGCAUCAGACACUUCCAGACGUUGGCACAUGCGCUUAGGGCAUACUGGAGAAAAGGCUUUACAAGGGUUGGUAAAGCAAGGCCUGUUAAAAGGCCCCAAAACAGGGAAACUUGAGUUCUGCGAGCAUUGUGUACUGGGCAAGCAAACAAGAAUCAAGUUUGGUACUGCUAUUCAUCGCACCAAAAGGAUUCUAGACUAA